AUGUUCUGGAGACUUGUCAGAAAAACAGUAACAGCUCCAUGUCUCCAGAUGCUGUGCAGCUGCUUUGCAGGGGUCCGUCCGGUUCAACAUGGUAACGCCAAGACCACCAACUUCAACACGCCCCAGGGCAACCUCAAAUCUCAAGUACGUCUGCCACUGCUCCUGUCUCUCUCCUCUGUCGUCUACACAAGCGCUCUCAGUUGUUCGCCUGCGCGGGCAGGGCACGGGGGCUUGAUGUCCCCCGCCUGUGUACGAAUACGCCCUCCUCCGCCGCGCAGAACUCAAGGUACAUUGAGCUGUCAGUGGGACUGCAGGCGAGGUAGUUACCUACCUUGUGGCGUUGCUCCAGCCCACAGACGGGUUCUCAUCUUCCCGCAGUUAUCCGCAUCUGUCUUGCAGUCGGGGUGGCUUCAAUAUACCCGUCGUGCUCUAGCUUCCAACGGCCCUAAAUAUCAGGGAGCGACGAAGCAGAUGCUCAUUACGCACUUCACAGUUCUUUCCCCCACCCCUUUUUCCCACAACGGUGCCAUCAUCUCAAGGGGAUCCCUUCGGAAGCCUCACAUCGUCUUCCCUGUCGAUGACUGUGCCUACGCGUUCGCCGCCGGUGCGGUUACAACCUAA